UUGUUUAUUUGUACUUAAUGAUAUUUAUUUUCUGAGCGCUAGACGAUCGUAUGUUCUUCCUCUGAUUAAAUAUAUGUUAAUUUGUGUUAGCGCUGUUCCACAGCUUCUAAUAAUUUCCUUUUGUCUGCUUUUUUUCUGAGAAUGUUUUCAAGAAGUUAGUGUACUAUUGAGUUAACAAGUUAAUGGCUUUUUGUGUCUUUACUCGUCAUUCAACGUUUCUACGUAGAAUGGCGUCUUCUUCAUUAGCUGGAAAAGUGAGGAAACAGCCAAGUUCAGAUAUGGCUGCUUUUAGAACUGUGUUUCAGAAAUCUAAGCAUGUAGUUGCUUUAACUGGUGCUGGCAUCAGUGCAGAAAGUGGCAUUCCUACCUUUAGAGGUGCUGGUGGACUUUGGAGGAAGUAUAAUGCACAAGAUCUGGCAACUCCUGGUGCAUUUUUAGCAAAUCCCUCACUUGUGUGGGAGUUUUAUAGUUAUCGCAGAGAUUUGGUUCUGAGCAAAAAGCCGAAUCCAGCUCACCAUGCUCUAGCAAAAGCUGAAGCACAAUUGGCUGCAGAAGGUCGAAGACUUGUUGUCAUUACACAAAACAUAGAUGAACUGCAUAGAGAUGCAGGCACUAAGAAUCUUCUAGAACUUCAUGGUACUUUGUUUCGUACUAGGUGUACCAAAUGUGGAGAUACUGCAGAAAAUAGGGCGAGUCCCAUUUGCCCUGCAUUAGCUGGUAAAGGAGCACCAGAUCCCGAUGUACCAGAUGCAAGGAUUCCAGAGCAAGAUUUGCCAAGAUGUGUAAAAUGUGCUGGCUUACUUCGACCUCAUGUUGUAUGGUUUGGGGAAUCACUUGAUCCUGAUGUUUUAAUGGCAGCACAACAAGAAUUAGACCAGUGUGAUCUCUGUUUAGUUAUUGGUACAUCAUCUGUUGUUUAUCCUGCUGCAAUGUUUGCACCUGCUGUUGCUGACAGGGGUGUUCCAGUUGCCGAAUUCAACAUUGAAUCCACACCAGGAACAGAAAAUUUUGGGUUUCACUUUGAGGGAUUUUGUGGCAGUACAUUACCAAAAGCAUUGGGAGUUUAGAUCAAGUGUAUCAACUUUGCAAUGCAGCUAGGACUCUGUAGCAAUCUCCAACCUUGACUGGCAUCUGAGGCGGGUCUGCAGUUAGGAAAUCCUGCCAAUUUAGUUAUCACUUUGGUGACAAGACUAUCUAUAUGGUGCCUAAGUGGAUCGAGCUUGCUAGCAUUCACUCAAAAUCACAGAUGAAGGCCAUCAAUUAUUUGACUUCUGUGUUAGAAUAUUUUGAAAAAUAAUGUUUUUACAGAACACACAUUCAAAAUUAAUGUGCAUUUCUAAGCCUAUAAAAUCCUGUGCCUGAAAAAAUGUCUUUGCAUUAAUACAAGUUUUUUUUGUUUUUAAACAUGUUCAGAGAACAUGGUAUAAAAAUCAUGUAUGCAAGAGAUUUAAAAGUGCAAAUGUUUCCACUAGUCGCCAGACUCUGGUUGGUGCCUAUUCUUGUAGAUAAUUUUUCUUUAGCCAUUAAUAACAAUCUAUUUGAAAUAAAAUGCAAAUUUCAGUUAUA